UUUUUUUUAAUUAGACUUAUUAAGAUAUAUUUAUUUUAAAAACUAUUUAAAAGCUGUGAUAUAGUUUUAAUUUACACAAAAUGUCGAAUCCAUGGAAGAAAGUCUCAGCGUCGACAGAUGUACAGAAUUUAUCAGAAAUUAUGUCGGAGGAAUACGCUAAGGGACUGCAGGUUAAAGAGGAGUUAAAGUUUGCUGAACAAAUAUCAGUUUCCCAUGUCAGCAAAGAGUCUGUGGAUCUCCAACCUGAAAUUCUUAAGCAGAUCGAUGAAUCGAAUGUGAAAGAAUAUUGCGACUCAGAUGCUAUUAUUGCGAAAGUUUUGCAAUGUCAGUUCGACAAAGAAUACGAUGAUGAAAUAAAAAGGGUCGAAAAAAAGAAAAAUGGAGUUGCAAAGGUAUCCGUAUCUUUAGACAAUUAUCGCAAUAUCCCUGAACACCUGGUGUACGAUUCUGAAUCUGACGACGAGGACCCUGGCUUCUCGUCUAAAAAAGAUUGGGAUCGAUUCGAAACAAAUGAGAAAGAAUUCGCAAGUCUACCUAAACGCGGGUACAUUAUGAAAGAUGGUGAAAUAGUCACCAAACACGACAGUGUUAUAAAUGGUAGAAGAAACGCUUGCAAAGUCAUGGCAUUUCCUCCUGAAGUGUGUACAGGUGACGGCGCUGGAUUCGACAUGAAACUUUCCAAUUCAGUGUUCAAUCAUUUAAAGGAACAUACUAGAGUUAACCAAGCUCGUAAGCACAAGAUGUUGGACAGGAAAGCAAGCCAAGAGACUGCCGUGUUGGGGCUUGAUGAGCCCACGAGACUUAUUCUUUACAAACUUAUUAAUAAAGGGAUGCUAGAAGACAUCAAUGGAGUCAUAUCAACUGGAAAGGAAUCAGUUGUAUUACACGCUAACAGUGACCAGUCCUAUCCAGAGAUGGUGUUACCAAAAGAAUGUGCAAUUAAGGUCUUUAAGACCACUCUGAAUGAGUUCAAAACUCGUGAUAAAUAUAUUGAAGCUGAUUACCGAUUUAAAGAUAGAUUUUCUAAACAGAAUCCUAGGAAAGUAGUACAUAUGUGGGCUGAGAAAGAAAUGCAUAACUUAAUGAGAUUACAAAAGAUUGGAUUGAACUGCCCUGAAGUAAUUUGCUUGAAGAAGCAUAUUCUUGUUAUGUCAUUUAUUGGGAAGGACAGUAAACGUGCUCCCAAACUAAAGGAUGUCAUUCUUAAGCCUGAUAAAUGGGAGAGUGUGUACGAUGAAAUUGUAGAUGCUAUGCACAAGUUAUACAAUGUGGGGCAUUUAGUUCACGCUGAUUUGUCCGAAUAUAAUAUUCUUUGGUGGGAAAACAAGUGUUGGUUUAUUGACGUCUCCCAGUCCGUGCAACCUGAUCAUCCUAAUGGACUAGAAUUCUUACUGAAAGAUUGUCAGAAUAUUGUCAAUUUCUUCGAAAAGAAAGGUGUACCAGAUGUCAAAAGUGCUGAAGACCUGUUCAAAUCUAUAACUGGCUUUGCCGAGGUUGAUAUUAAUAUGCUUGAAGGUGUUCAUACUUUCUACAACUCUUUGUCAUCACGUUUCGAAAUAGCCCCAGAUGACAACAGGAAUGUUAAAUAUCCAUUUGAAUAUGUCUGGCAAAAAACCAGUGACAAUAAAAAAAUAAAUAGUGACAGUAGUGCUGAGGAAGAUGAGUUUGAUGAAAUGUGGACACAUUCUAAACAGAAUGAAAUUGUUGAUGUAGCUGCCGACUUUGGCAAUGAGCUCAACAUUGACAAUAAAGUGAUUGAUAAGGAAGUCAAUUUUGGUAACAUAAUCGCCGUUGCUGUGGCAACACCCACGGCUGACGUAAUUAAAAAUGAUGCAGAUAUAAGUAGUAUUGACAUAGAUAAAAAUCAAUCAAUAAACUUUUAUGUUAAAUAAUUAUUGAACGAGAUGUAUUUUAAUAAAAAUACAAGGAAAAAAAGCCUAUAAAGCAGAAAAAAAAGGUACUGGAAUAAAAGGGCAAAAUAAGAUCUGUCUUUUAUUUGGUUUCGCAUUAUUAAGUGACAAAAAUAUUUAAUUAUUAUUUAUUUAAUGAUUUAAAGCAUACAGGUGUUAUAUUGAA